AUGCGUUUCCUCACACUCCUUCCGGCUGCGGCCCUCUUUGAAACGAGCAUAGCUGGCUAUGUCCUACAAGACGACUACAUGACCGACUUCUUCGGCAAUUUCAACUUCUUUACUGGCCCUGAUCCGACAAAAGGUUUUGUCAAGUACAUCGAUCAGACAACGGCCCAGCAGACUGGUCUUAUCAGCAAUACUUCUACCACUAAGAUGCAAUGGGGGGUCGAUGUUCAGAACAAAACCCCGGAAGGUAGACCAAGUAUACGUCUUGAGAGCAAGAAGAGAUAUGACCGUGGCUUGAUCGUGAUCGAUGUCGCCCAUAUGCCUUUUGGUUGCGGUACAUGGCCUGCCUUCUGGACAUUCGGUCCAAACUGGCCCAACAGCGGCGAGAUUGACAUUCUCGAGGGUGUAAACGACCAGACCAACAAUGGCAUGACAUUGCACACGGGACCAGGAUGUAAGAUCGGUGAAGACAGAACCGUGUUCUCUGGCACAGUGGACUCACAGAACUGUGACAUCAACGCCGAGGGACAGUCAAAGAACAAGGGAUGCACCAUCAAGCAUCCCUCGACCCAGAGCUAUGGCGAGGGUCUCAAUGCAAUCGGCGGAGGUGUGUACGCCGUAGACUGGACGGACCAAGCCAUCAGCGUAUACUUCUUCCCACGCAACUCGAUCCCAGAAGAUGUACUCGGCGCCAGCCCAAACCCAAGCGGUUGGGGCAAGCCAGCAGCCAAGUUCACCGGUGGCUGUAACAUUCCGCAGUUCAUCAAGCAGCAGCAAAUCGUCUUUGAUACCACCUUCUGCGGUGAGUGGGCUGGUGCCGAUGCCGUGUGGGGCGCCAGCUCUUGCGCGCAGAAGGCGCCGAAGUGCGUGGACUAUGUGAGGGAUAACCCAACGGCCUUUAAGGAGGCCUACUGGACCGUCAACGCUCUGAGGGUGUAUCAGAAUAAUGCCGCGGGGGGUCCUGUUUCUCCUGCACCUCAAAGUCCAGGUGUUCAAUCGCCAUCUCCUGCGCCCAUCAGAGUCUCUACGCAGCCAGACCCGGCAGUCUCAACUCCGCCAGCGCAAAACACUCCAUCUAGACCGAACUUCAAGAACCCCUUGGAACAAGACGCUGUCGACCCUCAGGAGCCAGUUCAGGGUCGCCCUCCAAUCCAACCCCAAUCACCUAUGCCCAGCCCAACAAGACCAACAAGACCUGAUCAUGUACAAAACUCCAAUCCCGCUGACGCUAACGGCAAUCCAGACUUCCGAUGGCCCUUAGGUGAAGCAGAAGGAGACAGCCUGCCAAAAUUCACACCCCCACCUGCUAAUGGCGCUCAAGUAGCCCGGGGCUUUGGAGGAGAUCUCGCCGCGCGGGAAGACAGGUCUUUUACCCCCAACCCGGCCAACCUUGUCCCAAGGGCGACUGAUACUAUCGUUCCCCGUGCGAAUGAUGUUCUUCAAGCUAGAUCAGACGGGCCUUCUAUCCUCAUCACGGCCGACCUUGUCCCAAGAGCGACUGAUAACCCCGUUCCACAUGCGAAUGCCGCCCGCGCUGCUCAGAGCCAAGAAGCAGAUGAAAUUACAACCUCACCUACACCUCUUCCAAAUAAGGCACGGUAUGCGAGACAUAUACGUCAGCACAGGCGGAGGCUUACGAAGCAUAACGUGGCGAUGUAG